UUUUCAGUCACAAAAUUAUCUUUCUCCGAGUUUAUCAUUUUGUUUGUAGAUUUUUGGCUGUUUUAUUUAUAGUUUUUCCAAAGAAGUUGGCAAAAUUGGCCUAACAAAUUGUUAGAUUUGUCCAGUCUGUAAAUUAGAUGUGUGUUUGUCUGUACGAGUCGGAAAAUAUAUUCAUAUAGUAACUCCUAGUUGAUGACCAAUUAAAAGAAGUGUGGGAUACGCCAAUAAAUCGCGACGCAAAAAUCUGGGAACUGAUUUCUGGCCUUUCAUGUUCGUAGCUCACGAUUGGUAAUAUGUCAAGCGAUGUGGCGGGUGCUGCACAUUCGGGUGGCGCCCCAAAUGAGCUUCAGAAUUUGGACGAAAACAAUCCGCGUAAGCCUACAAUGACAGAGCCGCCGUCACCACAAGAGCAUGCCAAGACGCCAGAGUCCCGCCAUCCAGCCAAUUCCCAUUCCCGCCGCUCGGGCGGUGGCCAGGUGCCAUCACGAAACCAGUCUGGCGGCAACAACGAGUGUCAGUUCUUCUUCGAGGACGAGGUAUUCCGCAUAGAUCGCAAGGGUCACGUCCAUUUCGGCGUUGUAACCGGAACGGCAGAGACCUAUUCCUCCGAUGAAGAUGAUGAUGUCGACGAGGUGCUGUCCAAGGGUGAGGUGCGCGUGGCCUUUUAUCCGGAUUGCAAGGAAGGGGUGCACACGGAACAUUCGAUUGGACUGGCGGAUAGAACCCUAAUGCCAGGCGAUGUGGUUCGAAGACGUCUGCCGGGGCAAAAGGAUCUGGUCGGACAGGCGGGCUAUGUCCGCGAUGUCAAUGUUCGCGCUGAUGUCAUGGUGUUUGGCACCAAGUUUGUCAUUAGGAAUGUGCCCGCCGAACGAUUGCGUCCGAUUUCCGAAUGGACCGCCGAUGUUCCUGUCUGUUCUGGUAUCUGGAUAGGCACCACUGUCAACGUAGACGAGACUGCAGUGAUCAAAUCCGGUAAUGGUGCCCGUUUGGAAAUUACGUCCAAGGAUUUUCUAAAAUUCAAGGAUGCAGUAGGCCACUGUGCCCGCGAAGUCUUCAAUCCGGAUGUCUUCUUUCCGGGCAACCUUGUAGUCGGUCGCUUGCCACCUCCGGAUCGCGUCAAGAAUCUGACUCCAGAGAUUGCUCCACUGAGUAGUCGGAAAAAUCGUGCCUUUUAUACUGUGGAAUCUAUUCGCACCACAUCUGUUAAUGUGGCAUGGACGUGCCGGGCCAUCUCGGCCUCCGAACAUACCACUGAAAUCCAGAAUCUAAAGCAGCCCAAAACCACAAUCAAGGGCGAGGACCUAAACAACGUCAAACGCCUUAACAUAUACGAGUCCUAUGUGCUGCAAAUUCACGAUCGAUUCUACCUCAAAUAUUCCAAAUGUGAUCAAUUAGUUAAACAUACCGACUGGGAAAGGGAGCAAGCGGAAAAAUACAUACCCAUUUACCAUGCCCAGAAAAAGAUGGAGCGCAAGGCCAGCAAACUGAAUGCAUCUCCCUCAAGCAGUGGCAAUGCUCGGAAUGCGCCCAAAAUCCGUCGUGUGCCCAAUAAGUUCAGCGGCUUGCGCCUGCCUCGUCCGGCAUGCGACCACUGUCACAAAUCGUCUAAGCGCAGCAAAGACGAUAUGUUGACAUCGGAUGAUGAUGACGAGCUGGAUGAAGACCACACACAACCACCAGAGCCCUCUGAACCUAUCGAUAAACAGUUAAAGGUGACCGAAAAUGCAGAUUUUGCAACCUCUGCAUCCUCAGCAGCUGCUGAGGGAACCGGUGCUCAGGCAUCCAGAACAACUAUGCGAUCUGUCAAAAGACGACAUGUCAAGAAGAAAAUGCGUAACGUCAAGAAACCCAACCAUAUACCUUUAGUCAGAAAGGAGACGGUUUUAAAAGAUGGCGAAGAAGCCGUGGUGGAGACGCUGGUUGUGUACAGUUCGGUAACUGUCGUCUGGCAGGAUGGGACGGUCGAGAAGGAUAUACCCUCCACCCAACUCUACCCUAUCCAUCAUUUGGAUAACCACGAAUUCUUUCCAGGCGACUUUGUAAGCAAGGCUAACGUGAACAGCACAGGAGCCACAGACUACGGGGUCAUCCAGUGCGUGGAUCACGAUGAACGUACUGCCAAGGUCACGUGGUUUAACAUCUAUUCUCAUAUAUCAAAUCCAAUUCCCUUGUGUAAAGACUUAGAAGAGCUGAGCGUUUAUGACUUGAAGGAUCACUCUGACUACCAGUACCGACCCGGCACUCUAGUCAUUCGAGUGUCGAACUUUACGGGUGAGAAUGUCGACUCAACUGCUGGCCAGGUGAUCGACAAUUACCCGGAUGGACGGGUGCGUGUUUGGUGGGCUAUGGGGCAUAUUACCAUGUGCUACCCGCAGGAUCUGUUCGAAAUCAACCACAACGAACAGUGCUAUGAUGCAUACGAAUCGGAUGGAUCGGAAGACUCAUGGGAGACGCAGUCUGAGAACAGUCGCGUAGGACUUAAUCUUAGCCUUUUGUCACUGGACAACGAUGACCACAUUAUAAUGGGCAUUGAUCGGGCUACGGACGCAAUUUCAAGUCUGGAGAAGCUCUUCCGCGUCCUUGCUCCUAUGCAUAAAGCAGAUGUGCUUAACGAUCUUCUGGCUGUGUACAAAAAUUGUCGAGUUCUGGACAAAAUCCUAAAGUCAAACUUUUUCGACGAGGACCACUUUAAGGGCAUUGUGCAUCAGUGUACCAGUGAUACCGCAAAACAGGCUACAGAGGCGUUGGCCGCUACGCCCAAGGAUACCUCAACGCUCAAGCUCGAAAUGGACACUGUGGUUUUAUCUGGCCAAUCUACAUCGACGCCUACGAAGCGAAAGUCAUCAACGGAAUUGUAUGCGGUUCAGUGCAAAAAAAGCGCGGAUAGAAUUGUUGACAAGGAGGAGGAGCAGGUGCAAGAUGCGGAAGAAUUUCCUUCUAAAGUAUAUCUUGUCUGCGGUGACUCAGGAAUGCCCUGCAAUCAAUUAGUAAAGAAGUAUCGCAACGAGUACAAUGAAAGAAUCAACCAGGCCCGGGAAAGCAUUGCUAAAGCGUUUGAGAAUCGCACCAAGAAUGAUUCUGGUGUACACUCGCGUGGUGAAAAUACCUCAGAAGAGUCGAAUAAUCCGGAUGGGGAAAACAAAGUGGUCGAAGAGUCCGUAGUAAGGGAAACCAACUUACAAACCAAGGAUGAGUUUGACGUUGAAUUGGUUGCCAAUCGCGAUCCUGAUGUCUGUGAAGUCUUUAGUUUUCUAAUCAAGGAGCAAAUGAUCAAAUGUCGUGAGGCUGUCUUGCUCAUGACCAAGUUGAAAAGCGAUCGUAAGGACGAAGACGAGGAGGCUAGCGAUGCGGAGGAAGUUUUCGCGGAUGAUGAGGAAAAUCAAGCGCAAUCUAAAGGUACCGAGGCCGAUAAAAAGUCUGAUGCCGUCGAGGUCAAUGAACAGCCCUUGAAUCUGAACGCUCUAUCCGAGUCGUUGCCGGCCAUUGAUAGCCCAAUGGCAUGCUCCUCGCCAUCUCCAUCAUUAAUAUCAGACCCGAAUCCCGUCUGUGAAAACUGUUUUCAAGUGCUAUCGAAUGCACCGGCUGCUCAUCACUUUAUCAAAAGCCAGGUGACUCCUUCCAACCAGGCACAGUAUCAGCGGGCUAUCCAGCGAGAAUAUCGCUUGCUGAAAGCCUCACUGCCAGCUGGGGUUAUAGUACGGGCCUAUGAGGAUCGCAUGGAUCUGAUGUCCGUGAUGAUGGUCGGUCCAAAGAGGACUCCCUAUCAGAACGCGUUAUUCUUCUUUGACUUUCAAAUGGGCCGGGACUAUCCGAAAAGUCCGCCAGUGUGCCACUACAUCAGCUACUGCACGGACCGUUUAAAUCCGAAUUUGUACGAGGAGGGAAGGGUGUGCGUAUCGCUUCUGGGUACCUGGUCAGGUCGAGACAACGAAGUGUGGUCGAGCAUAAGCACUAUGCUGCAGGUGCUCGUCUCAAUACAGGGACUCAUACUAGUCGAUGAGCCCUACUAUAACGAGGCGGGCUAUGAAAAACAAAGAGGCACCCAAUUGGGCAAUGAGAACUCUCGUGUUUACAACGAGAUGGCCAUCAUAAAAAUUGCCCACUCCACUGUAAAGCAGCUAAAGAAUCCGCCGCUCAUUUUUCGCAACGAAGUAAUUGAGCACUUUAAGGAGUUUGGCAGCGAACUGCAUGGCCGCAUGCUGGCCUGGUCGAAAUAUUCACUAGAGGCGCAGCGCCUUCGAAUAACCAGCAUAAAGGAUAUGCCCUUGGACUACAAGGCGCCGUGUGAGCUGCCCGAAUUUCCGCUCCUGCCUUGCAGUCGUGGCUUUUGUAUGGCGGUCCAAGGCGUUUUGGAUCAACUACAGUGCGAGCUAACAGCCUUGGGGGAGAAUCAGUUGUCGGAUGAACGAAAUAGUAUUGCAGCUGGAAUAGGAACUGCGCCGCGUGCUGCUCCGGAGGAGAUCUGAUCAUGUCCAGCUUAUGCAUGUAAAAUUGGUGCCUAUCAGAAAAACCACAAGACUUUUUUGUCGCCAGCGCUUGCGAAUCUGAUCUGGCCCUUCGCAAGGGUCAGAGUUUUAUAGCCAAUAUCCCAAAACUCGAAUUUGUCUCAACUCUUAUUGCUGGCAAUAGCCAGCCUUUUAGUUAAACAAAAUUUUUUCAAGUUAUUUGUUAUUAGUUUUUCACUUAAAAAAAAAUAUAAAUCUGAAUUCUGUAUAGAGAAAGAGUGAGAGGGAGAGGGAGAGAGAGAGAGAGCGGAACUAAGAGAAACGAUAAAUGAAUCCGCCUCAUAUAAUGUUUGUCAGUCAGUUAAUUUUACUUUUAUUCUUUUUUUGUGGUUGCAGUUAAGCCAGCAAACCAGCAAAGUUGUAUUUAAUGUAUUACGCUGGCCUACGUGAAUCUCUUUGUAGGCAUUCCACUAGAGCUUAGCUUAGUUAGUCCAACCCCGGAUCCCCUAUCAGCAAAACAUGUACGUAAUAUUAUUAAGCUAGCCAAUGCGAGAAAUGUGAAUAAAUUAGCCAUUUUAUUUAUUAUGCCUCCAA